AUGUCCAGAAACCCAUACUUUGCACAUCUGCCGACGUGGCGUAAUCGACAGGACCUAGCCUACGCGCUCGACAAUCUCCCUCGAAUACUGGAAACUAUGACAGCAUCUUCACCGCUUUUGGCAACAUAUUGUUGCCCGUCCAUACCUUCAACCCAAAUAUCCUCGGGAUCUUCAUCAUCGACUUCGUCUUCAUUGUCACCGUCCUCAGCAACAGCAUCUACACCAUCCCCUUCGUCUCCUUCGCCGUAUGGUUUUCUUCUGAACUCCACAGUGUUGCCGUCCGCGGGGCGAGCUAGCCCUUCUACGUUUAGAGAACGAUUCAUGUUGGAUGUCGCCAAAGAGUGUUCACGAUCGGAUCAAAAAUUUUCUGCAUGUCCAUCUCCAAGCGCAAAAUGUGAUUCUCGCCGUAUCAGUGAUAAUGUAUCCCAAUCUCAACGACAGAAGCACCCAUAUCCCCAAAACAACCAAUGUAGCAACAACAGCAGCAAUACUAUCUACCAGCAACAACACUGCGCUGCUGACUGUUCGCAUGAUCAAUCAUCAUCCUCUUACUACCCAUUGCAGUUUUCGACGCGUGCCAAAGCGAUGGCCUUUUUGAUCGAGAUCUUGCAAUCGCUGCAGAAGGAGCCCUGUGGCUGUGAUCUGACUAAAGGAUGUUAUUGCGGGGUGGAUGGGGUUGAGGACCAUGAGGGCAAAUCACCCUGCUAUGUCUGUGGUGAAUGGUUUCCUGAUCGACCAGAAAGUUUACAUGGCGAUAUUACAGCGAACCAGCAUGGAAAAGGGCAGCAGAACACAGGUCUAUCAUCGAGACAGGGACGAUCAUGGCAUGAACAGGGAUCAUUAAGACAUCAUGUUGCAGAGUCUAGGGUCAAGAAGUGGCUAGAUUCUGUAUGGAAGCCACCACUCACGCCAGCAACUACACCUGAACAGGGGAAUGUGAAGCAGUUUGGAUCCAGGCUUAAAUCCCAGGAUCAAAAUCAGGAUAAGGAGAAUUGUAUUCAUCAAGGGCAGCAGUGGCAGCUAGACUAUCAACAGGCUGCUCCAUUUCAGUUAGCGCCGAGUCAUCGUUCUGUAGAAGAACAACAGCAGCAUCAGCAGCAUAUGGACUCUGCUCGACCGUGGAGUUUCCACGAUAUUGAAUAUGAGGCACGUUGUAAGAGUCGUAGUCGGCAGAACUCCUUUUCAUCUACAUCUACGUCAUAUCAUUACGGCAAUCCUUCGAUGCACCAACAAAAACCGUUAUUAGCGCAAGACAUUCCUGGAUUGGGAUACAAUCAUGAACAAUUUGGUUCAGGCUCUAGUACCUGGCGCUUUGUCCCCUCGCCAAAACCCACACGCGUAAAUGCUGCAGCCUCACUCCCACUGCACUACCACCACCACCACCACCACCACCACCAAUCCUAUAUAAUGCAGCAAUCGCUCUACUGUAGCUCCCCUAAUUCGGAUGAUCCGCUUCCAUCUACUCCUUCGGCCCUCGCCCGCACACUUACGUCUCGGGUUGAAGUAAUUUACCAACCCAGAACUCGAACCCAGAGUUGUUCAGAUUCUCAGCAAGGUAAUAUUCCGUCUGCUUACGUUGCUUUGACUCCACCAGUAGCACGUCCAAAUAGUUGCAACAGCAGUCGGAAACCCCGCACUUCAGCGAUUGCGACAACACUCCAUAAUGGCAGUACCACAUUUGCUAUUCCCCAAGAGAUUCUGGACCCUAAUUACAAGUCGCCCACAUUCAGAAUCAAGAGCUGGAAUCCACCAGUGCUUUCAUCGCCAAUAAAUGUAGCAUCAAUGGCCUCACCAACCUCAACUACCUUAAAGGACAGCGCUUGUGAGACCCCAACAUUACUUUCAUCAGUUAAUGAUCAGAUAUUGAAGUCUGCUUCAUCGACUGCAUCGUCUGAUCUGAAAUGGUUCUCUUCUGCAAGCGUUGAGAAGCAACAGCAACGGCAACCAAAGCAGACACUUGAUGAAUGGGUAGCAUCUAAAGCGUGUGAGACAGUAACGAAAACCUCACUACUCUGCGCAGAUGAUAAUGAGGACAGUGGCGGUCUAGAAAAUUGUCGUCGUCGCAGUCCUUUGGGCGAUAAUAAUGACAAUGAUGCUCUUGAUGAUAGGAGCAUGAUGAUGAUGAUGUCAGCUCCAAAAGGAACCCAACAGGCCAACACACGAGAGCAGAUGUCCUUAAGAGAUGCAGGACAAAGAGGAAGGGAAGAAGGGGAAAGAGAUGAAAAAGAAGUCUGUCAAUCAACCAAGAAGACAUCAAUGCAGUUUAGUUUUACGUCACAGAGAUUCAGAGCCGCUGUGCAGGCAUCACUCGAAAAGGAUGCAGCGGAAUCUAAGCGGUCUAAAGCAUCAGCAUCUUCACACUUUUGCGAGGAAGACCUUGAUCAUCGCUACAUUAGUAAAAUCAUCGUUUCUUCUCCCGUAAGCAAGGCCAAGAACAAGGAACCCACGACCACGGCAAUAACAGCGGCAGUCGGCUCGCAUUCCUUUGGAAUAGGAGCAACGGUGACUCCUUCAACUUGUGAAUUAUCGGCAUCAUCUAUGGACAAACUUAAACCGACAUCACUACAGCAGCAACAACAGCAGCAACCAUUCAUGAAUGAACUAAAUGUGGUUAUGAUGCAAAAGGAGUAUAAGUGCUCUCUUCAGGAUGGCAGUGAUAGUAUAGCCAUGCCCGCCAUUGAGCCCGUAGCAGCACUGGCGUCCAAGCUUUCAAACAUGGAUACGAGCCCUCUAGGUCAUUAUGAUCAGUAUGAUGAAGAAAUCCAGAAAUCGGAGCUAAUUUCGACACCUACACUCCAACCCUCACAGGUACCGACGAUAGCAGCAGCCACAAACAAUAAGCGACAGCAUAAUAUUAGAACUAAAUGGUCCUUAUCAGACUCUCUAUUGGUCAGUAGUAAGUCUUCCAACCCUGGUAGCACUAUGAAAAAUACCUCUAGCAACUUCAGAUAUACAGCAGCGGACAAAGGAAUAGAUAAUACAUUUGACUGUGAGCGCCGGACAGCCUUUGAAGGUCUUUCAGGGAAUGGAGUAGGAGUAGGCGAAGAAAGUAAUAGUAUGAGUAAGGUAGCGAGUUGGAUAUCGUUACAACGAUUGAUGCGCAAGAUAUCAAAAACUAAUGAAACGAUGGUAUCUCGCAGUGGAAUAAUGCACAUAGAAAGCUCCUGA